AUGACGAAGCAAAAAAUAAUAGCUGAUUUGAUCGCUGAUUAUGAAACGUUAGAAAAACCAUUAGGUAGUUCAAGAGGGAAUCCGAGAUACAUAUAUUAUGUUGGAAGUGCUGAAUAUCAAGAGGAAUGGUUAGAUAAAGCUGAAAAAUAUAGGAAAACUCAUAAAUCAUUACUUGUUGAAGAUAUUAAUAGCCAGAUCUUAAAAGACACUAAUGAUUCAGAUGAUUCGGAUGAUGAUGAUCAAAAAGAUCAAUUUUUAAAUGUAGCAGCAAAUAAAGGUAAUAAUGCUCAAACAUUUAAAUUGACCGUCGAUGACCAUGAGGAUAAAACUACUGUUACGAAUGAUGAAUUCCUGAAAUUACGAGACGAGAUGAAGAUGUUGCAAAGUGAUGUUAAAGAAUUGUUAUCAUUCAUUAAGAGUAAAUGA